CAUGAUUCAAAAGUAUUUAGUUUAUCAUAGCGUUCAGUGUACUUAGUGCGAAUUAGUGAGAUAUUGUGAUAUUUGAAUUUAUUUUUGUUAUUUUAUAUUAAAACCAUGGGUAAAGAUGACAAAGAAGACAGCGGCUUCGGCUUCAAAGACAAAGCCAAAGCAGAAGAGACCCUCCGUCUUCUAGAAGAACACGAUGCUAACUACCGCAGAUUGACGGUUAGAGGUCUAUUGGGAAGGGCUAAAAGGGUACUCUCUAUGACAAAAGCGGAAGAAAAAAUUAAAAAUAUAAAAGAAGCGAUGGAAGUAUUUGAGAAUUGGCUCGCAGAUCUCGAUAAGAAUAAAGAGAAGAAACCAGAGAAGAAGAAAGAGGUAGAAGAGAAGAACGGAGAGGAUAAGGAAGAAGACUCAGAUGUAGAAAUGGAAGAGAAGAAACCGGAAAAGAAAGAAUUACCGGCUGAUACCGUGCCGGGGUUAGGUUUUAAAGAUAAGGAAGCGGCUGAAAAUACCCUCAAAGAGUUGGAAGGUCGAGAUCCCGAUUAUCAGAAACUUGCUGUAAAGGGCCUUAUUGGAAGGGCUAAGCGUGUGUUGACAUGCACCCGAGACGAAACAAAACUCUCAAACAUAAAGGAAUCCAUCACGAUCUUCGAGAAGUUUCUCGACGAUUUCGACACAAUGCACUUGAGUAAACAGAACAAUCCGUAUGUCAGUUUGAGUGUUGUGAGGACUUGUGUGGAAAUGGCUGGGGAUAGUGUUAGUGAACAACAGAAAGCGUUCAUAGCAGCAUACACAUCUGUGAAUGGCGAAUACAAGAGAUUGAGAACUGUUCUAGAGAAGGAAGAUGGGAAAUCGUGGGAUAUUGUGAGGAAUUCCAACUUAAAGGAGCUGAAGGAAAAGCACGCUGAAGCAAAGCUCUUCAACGAAAAAGACGAACCAACACCCGAACAUCUAGAAAUGUUACUCUGGGCAUAUUCACCGGAACUUGCCAGAGUUAAAAAACUUAUACCAGAGACUAAAGAGUCCAAAGAUGACACACAAACUGACAGGAAGAGACGUCACAGUGACAGGGAGGAAUCUCCGAGCAAGAAGAAAAAGGAAUAAUGUGAUUUAUGGCAUUUAUUAAUAAAUAUUUGUUUUUU